AGCAGAGAAGGUAGGCAUACUGAGAGGGAGACCAUAUCUAGCCCUGAUAACGGGUUAGGAAUACAUGUUCUUGAUAUGUAUUCCAAGCUAAUAUAUUGCACAAUAGACUACUUUAAAAAUCACAGUUUUGAAGAAAAAGAUGUUGGAACUGGUUCAUUUGAAUCUGCUUUUGCAUCAAUUCGCCUUCACUGCAGGCUGAUAGCAGCCCAGGGUCCCAUUCAACAAAACCAUACCGCAGUGCUCGCCGAUCAUUUCCUUUAAAAGCGCUCCUUGCACCGGAGACCUUUAGGUUGGAUGUAUCUUAGGCUAUGUACAUAGUAGAUGCUCUUAUUCAACAGUGAAAGUAAUUUCACAUCGGGAGAGAUGUAAGAGUUCCGCGAGUAUCCUAAACGAAUAACUGAGGCGAUUGACGUGAGUUGAAACAAAUCGCAUGUGAUUUUCAGCCAGUCAUUUUGGCACCAGAGCGCACAGUAAGGAAACAUGUGAAACAGUAUUCCAUGCCAUGCUGGAAAUUACUGUCGACGAAAAGGAUGCCGUGUCUUGUUUCUGCAUGACUAAUAUGGAAAAAGACACGUUUUUCGUGUAAGUGUGGGAUGUUUAACGGUUUUUGCACAUUGCCUCAGUGUAUUGGAUAUCGUGGGCGACGGUGCCAGGAAACGUGAUUUUGCGGAGAUUCUUUUGAAUCUGUAGCCAUCACUGAAUAAAUAAACACAUUUCAGGACAGAUUGAUGUGAGGAGCAGACUGGAACCAAUAUUACAUCACACCUGUUACCAGAAAAUCAGCUCAUUCUGGAUCUGAGUGGAACUGCUCCUGAGUCCACCAUCGGACGCCCUCCGUAACCACUGUUGGAACUGUGGCAGCACAUACACCAGGUCAGCCACUGCCCAGAGCCGACACCAAGCCCACCGCAGGCCAGGCUUUGCCACCAGCUCCAGGGGAGGGCAUGCGUCCCCCCACAGCCAUGCCCAGGGAAGCUCCUCUGCCACGGGUAGGAUCAGUGCUCACCUGCCUGCUUCAUGGCUAGACCUCUACAGACGAAGAGCCGGGGGCCUUUCUACUGAGGGCAGAUUCCCUCACUGUACCAUAGCACAUGGAUUUCAGGACUUCAAAUGAAGAGACAAAGACUGGGGUUUAUCUGCUGCAAGAUGGUAACGAGGAGCCUUUCAAUAUUCGACUGCACUUGGCUAAAGACAUUCUGACCAUUCAAGAGCAAGAUGUCAUCUGCGUGUCAGGAGAACCAUUUUAUUCCAGUGAGAGAACUGUAACGAUCAGAAGACAGACGAUUGGAGGUUUUGGCUUGAGCAUUAAGGGAGGCGCAGAACACAAAAUCCCUGUUGUGAUAUCAAAAAUAUCAAAAGAGCAAAAAGCUGAACUGUCUGGGCUACUGUUUAUUGGAGAUGGGAUCCUCCAGAUAAAUGGAAUAAAUGUUCGAAGCUAUCGCCACGAGGAAGCGGUGCAGGUUUUGCGAAAUGCUGGAGAGGAAGUCACUCUGACUGUGUCUUUCUUGAAGAAGACGCCUGCCUUUCUGAAACUGCCUCUCUGUGAAGACUGCACAUGUGUUCCAAGUGACCAGAGCAGUGGAACGUCCUCCCCUCUGUGCGACAGUGGCUUACACCUGAACUACCAUCCUAACAAUACGGACUCACUGUCCUGCUCAUCUUGGCCCACGUCCCCUGGGCUCCGCUGGGAGAAAAGAUGGGUGGACCUGCGCCUUAUUCCUCUCCUCCACUCCCGUCUGUCACAGCACAUCCCGGGCUCUGACGUCUGCAGGAAACAUGCAUUUCAAGUCAUAGCUGUGGAUGGGGUUUGCAGUGGGGUUAUCACGUGCCCCACUGCUGAAGAUUGCCUAGAUUGGCUCCAAGCAAUAGCAGCCAAUAUAUCAGCUCUCACCAAGCACAAUGUGAAGAAGAUAAACAGAAACUUCCCAGUUAAUCAACAGAUUAUCUACAUGGGCUGGGUAGAUGAGAAGGAGCAGGACUCCGGUCAGGACCGAAUGUAUUCACCAAAAUUCCUCGCCUUAAAGGGUUCCUCACUCUUCAAGUUCUCAGCACCUCCUGUGACUACAUGGGACUGGACCAGGGCAGAGAAAAGCUACACCGUGUACGAGAUCAUGUGUAAAGUUUUGAAGGACAGUGACCUCUUGGACAAGCGGAAGCACUGCUUCAGCAUCCAGACGGAGUGUGGAGAGGACAUGUUCUACAGCGUAGAGCUGGAGUGUGAGCUGCUCAUCUGGGAGAAGGCCUUUCAGAUGGCUACUUUCCUGGAGGUGGAGAGAAUACAGUGUAAAACAUACGCUUGCAUCAUGGAGAGCCACCUGAUGGGGCUGACCGUAGACUUCAGCAUGGGCUUUGUCUGCUUCGAUGCUGCUUCAAAAGCGGUGCUGUGGAGAUACAAAUUUUCCCAACUGAAAGGAUCGUCUGAUGAUGGGAAGAGCAAGAUCAAAUUUCUGUUCCAAAAUCAGGACAAUAAAGCAAUUGAAGCCAAGGAGCUGGAAUUUUCUAACCUCUUUGCCGUGCUGCACUGUAUCCAUGCAUUCUUUGCUGCCAAAGUUGCUUGCCUGGAUCCGAUGUUUGUGGAGAGUCAAGGUGCUGCGACGACCGCUGGGGGGGUUUCCACGCUCACCAGUGUCUCCUGUAAUACACAGACAUCCAGAAUCAAAUACUCCAUCUGACAGAGCCUGCUCAGCCCCUCUCCUUAUCCCUCUCUCCCAAGUCCCCCCUCUCCCCUAAGACACUGCACUUUUACUACAUCAUGGCCUAGAGAGGCAGAGGAGAGACCACAAACGAGUGUGUUAUACUGUAUCCAAAGCCGUCUAAUGAACAAGGACAUGUGAAUCCAACAUUUGAAGUAUUAUUGACAGAACUCUUUUUUUUCCUUCCGAAAGACACAUUUGAUAUUUCAUCAGAGAAAAGGAAGCUAGCUGUGUGAACUUUUUGACCAGUACAUUGUACUGUACUUCGAAGAACAUUGUAACACGAAGGAGUGAGUGCAGAACCAAUGGACGUAGAAUGGAUGGAUGGAUGAUUAUAAACAUUCUGAAUUCAGUUAUUUGUCUUUGGUCAGAUCCCCAGGCACCUUUCACAAUGAUUCACACGUGUUGUUGACACUGUUGUUAAACAUAACAUGAUCGUGUUGCCAAGGCGACAAAGCAGACAAACUGUUUUCUACAAUAUUCAAUCCGCUUCUUGAAG